UCUCUUUCUCUCUUUCUCUCCCAUCUACAAAACCCAAGGGAGACCAAACCAAACACAAAUAAUAAAAACACCAAAAAAAACAAAAAAAUAAAAAAUAAAAAAAACCUAUUCCGUGGUUCCUAACCUUAAAACCUCCCAAUUUCAUGUCUCGGAUCCUCUGAUUCGGAUCUUCAAAACCCGAAAUUACCCCUCCCGUUCGAUCUGGUUCACAACACCAUGACCCGACGUUGCUCCCAUUGUAGCCACAAUGGGCACAACUCACGAACAUGUCCGAACCGCGGUGUUAAGCUAUUCGGAGUCCGAUUAACCGACGGGUCGAUCCGGAAAAGUGCUAGUAUGGGUAAUCUUAGUCACUAUACCGGUUCCGGGUCUGGACCGCUUCAUACCGGGUUAAAUAACCCGGGUUCACCCGGUGAAAACCCUGAUCACGCUGCUGCGGCUGACGGUUACGCUUCUGAGGAUUUUGUUGCUGGUUCAUCUUCUACUUCACGUGAAAGAAAAAAGGGCAUUCCGUGGACUGAGGAGGAACAUAGAAUGUUUUUACUCGGAUUGCAGAAGCUGGGCAAAGGUGAUUGGCGUGGAAUUGCUAGGAACUAUGUUAUAUCAAGGACACCGACUCAAGUGGCCAGUCAUGCUCAGAAAUAUUUCAUUAGGCAAAGCAACAUAUCUAGACGAAAAAGACGCUCCAGCUUGUUUGAUAUUGUUGCAGAUGAAUCAGCGGACGCCUCAAUGGUACCACAAGACUUCUUAUCAGCUAAUCAGCCACAGACUGAAACAGAAGGCAACAACCCUUUGCCCGCCCCUCCCCCGCUUGACGAAGAAUGUGAGUCCAUGGAUUCCACAAACUCAAACGAUGGAGAUUCUGCCCCAUUAAAGCCUGAUAGCAGCAGCACACAAGCAUCGUCUUUCCCAGUAGUAUAUCCGGCAUACUAUUCUCCAUUCUUCCCUUUUCCUCUUCCCUAUUGGUCUGGAUACAGUCCGGAGCCGGCUCUUAAGAACGAGACGCAUGAAAUCUUGAAGCCAACCGCAGUACACUCCAAGAGCCCUAUCAAUGUUGAUGAACUGGUUGGCAUGUCAAAACUGAGUUUAGGAGAAACUAUAGGCGACGCCGGCCCCUCGACUCUAUCUCGUAAACUACUCGAAGAAGGACCUUCACGACAGUCGGCUUUUCAAGCAACUCCAGCAUGUGGGAGUUCAGAUGUGAAUGGAAAUGCCAUCCAUGCAGUUUGAGUGUGCCUUGUGUUCCAUGGAGCAUUAAUUAUUAUCAUAUGGUCUUGUUUAAUUCAUCAUAUAUCUGGUAUUGGGAUAACCUUAAUAAUUUUUUAUUUUCCAUUUUCACAAUGGUUAACCUAGUUUGUUUCUUUGCUUGUAGGCAGCAGUAGCAUCUAGGAAUUACUUUGGGUCCAAAUUAAAACAUAAUGUUUGGUUAAUAGUUUUUAUUUGUCAGGGUUAUGUAAAGUUGAUUGUGCAGUUUGACAAUCUACCUAGUUGUGAUUCCUAUUUAAGUAUUGGAUAAAAAGGUUAUGUAUUCAAGUGUUUUAACACCUGAACUUCACCUUGCUAAAAUUUUGUCAUGUAGUUCAAGCAGUUGACUUUUUGUUGUUGUUGAAAGUGGUGUUUUACUUUGGUCA